UGUAACCGCAUCACUUCUCCACCACUACUACUACCAUACACAGCUCACAUCACCUUUUCCGUUCGUGUGUGUCGGUUUUUCGGAUAGUAUCGAUAGUGUGCGUGCGUAUUUUUUUUGAGUGACAGUUUAGUUGAGGCCGCGCAGUGUUCUAAAGGAAAAAAUCGAAUCGUGUGUACACCAAAAUAAUUUCAAUAAAAUCAUAUAAAAUGGCAAGUUCUGUAAUAAUAACAUCACGAAAACUGCCCCGCGUUGUGUUCCGCCUUUCUGCAAAUUCAGCAUUUGCAAACAAUUAUGGGGUAAUAAACCGACAAUUCAGAACGUGCCAACGAGUACAACUGCUAUCGCAGGUCAACGAAUUUCAAGCGAACCUUCCAAUAUCAACUCAAUCUAAGAACAGAUACAUAACACCAUCGAGCUACCUCAAUAGUUCCCGAUCGUUCCAUCUGUCUUUUACUGCUCUUGAUGUAAUAAAAGUUCCACCGUUUGCCGAUUCCGUAUCUGAAGGAGACGUUAGAUUCACUUGUAAAAUUGGUGAUGAAGUCCAAGUCGAUCAAAAUGUUAUGGAAAUCGAAACAGACAAAACGACUGUCGGUGUACCUACGCCUGUGAGUGGUGUCAUCGAAGAAAUCUUUGUGAAAGAUGGUGAUACUGUGAAAGCCGGUCAAGAUCUAUUUAAAAUCAAAGCUGGACCAGUGAGUGGAAAAUCUGCAGCUCCAGCCCAAGCAGCAGAACCACCAAAACCAGUGCAAUCGGCUCCACCACCAGCUCCAAAACCUGCUGCUGCUGCACCUGCUCCACCUCCACCACCACCUCCAACAGCAAGAGCAACACCACCUCCUCCACCGCCAAGACCUCAAGCGCCUGCAUCAUCUGUACCAAUUGCAGCCAUUCGUCAUGCCCAAGCUGUUGAAGCUUCAGUCAAGGUGCCACCGGCAGAUUAUUCAAGAGAAAUAACCGGAACACGAACAGAACAGCGUGUAAAAAUGAAUCGCAUGAGACUAAAGAUCGCUUCCCGCUUGAAGGAUGCACAAAAUACAAACGCAAUGUUGACAACUUUCAAUGAAAUUGAUAUGAGUUCUAUCAUGGAAUUCCGCAAGUCUCAUUUAGAUGCAUUUGUUAAAAAAUAUGGAAUUAAACUUGGGUUUAUGUCAGUAUUUUCGAAAGCCGCCGCAUAUGCUCUACAAGAUCAACCCGUAGUUAAUGCCGUAAUUGAUGGACAGGAAAUUGUCUACAGAGAUUAUGUCGAUAUCUCAGUAGCUGUUGCUACACCGAAGGGCUUAGUGGUACCAGUCAUUCGAAAUGUUGAAAGCAAAAAUUACGCUGAUAUUGAAAUUGCCCUGGCUGCAUUGGGUGAAAAAGCGAAACGUGGUGCUAUUGCCGUUGAAGAUAUGGACGGCGGUACCUUUACGAUUAGUAAUGGUGGAGUUUUUGGAUCACUGAUGGGUACACCAAUUAUCAAUCCACCUCAAAGUGCAAUUCUUGGUAUGCAUGGUAUUUUCGAUCGUCCAAUUGCAGUGAAGGGCCAAGUGGUAAUUCGACCGAUGAUGUACGUUGCGCUGACUUAUGAUCAUCGUUUGGUCGAUGGUCGCGAGGCCGUUAUGUUCCUCCGUAAAGUAAAGGAAGCCGUCGAAGAUCCACGAAUUGUUUUGGCUGGCCUUUAAGUACUUGGAUCGAUCGUAAACUACUGCGCGAUCAAACAUUUGUAUUAAAAAUUUGCAAACAAAAACAAAAAUACUUUUUUCAGUUUAAUUUUACUUGCGUCGAAUUUUUCUUGUUAAAUAAUUUUAUUUAUUCGUCGAACUUACGUGAAAACAUAAAACUAAUUUAUCAUAACACACAAACUGUACAUUUUUUUUCGUUCUUUCUUUCUUCAUAAAAGUACGCGCGCUAGAUCCAUGCAUUGUUACUAUGAUUUUUUCCGUUGUACAUGAACUUAAUUUUUUAAUUUGACGUUGAUGCGAUUUCGUUAAUCGUUUUUGCACUGGAAAACAUUCAAAAUAUCCUAAAAGUAAACUAUAAAAAAACAAACAAAAAAUGUGAACAUAAAAUGUGUCACUCUACCACACAAACACACUCUGUCACUAAGUAUUGUAAGACUUUCUCUUAGUAAAGAAUCUUAAAUAAAUAA